GACGAUGCCGACCCGCCGCCUGCCGAAGAGCCCGAGGGCCGGCCCGACGGUGAAGGGUCUCCGGGCAAGGCCCGACCGUCGGCUACCCGAAGAUUCGGGGCCGCCGCGCCCCCGGACCGAGACGAUCGAGGCCCUCCCACUAGCGUGGCGGCUCUUAGGUCCAACUUCGAAAGGAUCCGUAAAGGCCCUGGGCAGGCUGGGGCGGCAGAUAGCGAGAAGCCUUUCUAUGUGAACGUCGAGUUUCACCAUGAGCGUGGCCUGGUGAAGGUCAAUGACAAAGAGGUGUCGGACCGAAUCAGUUCCCUGGGCAGCCAGGCCAUGCAGAUGGAGCGCAAGAAGUCCCAGCAAGGGGCUGCGCAGGGCCUGGGGGACGUGCCCAGGCCGCAUUACCGCGGGCGCUCUUCUGAGAGUAGCUGCGGCCUCGACGGCGACUAUGAAGACUCCGAGUUGAAUCCCCGCUUCCUGAAGGACAACCUGAUCAAUGCCAAUGGCGGCGGCAGGCCCCUUUGGCCGCCCCUGGAGUACCAGCCCUACCAGAGCAUCUACGUCGGUGGAAUGAUGGUGGAAGGGGAGGGUAAGGGUCCCCUUCUGCGUAGCCAGAGCACGUCAGAGCAGGAGAAGCGCCUCACCUGGCCCCGCAGGUCUUACUCCCCCCGGAGCUUUGAGGACAGUGGAGGUGGUUAUACCCCGGACUGCAGCUCCAAUGAGAACCUCACAUCCAGCGAGGAGGACUUCUCCUCUGGCCAGUCCAGCCGAGUGUCCCCAAGCCCAACCACCUACCGAAUGUUCCGGGACAAGAGCCGCUCACCCUCACAGAACUCGCAGCAGUCCUUCGACAGCAGCAGCCCUCCUACACCACAGUGCCAGAAAAGGCACAGACAGUGUCAGGUUGUGGUGUCUGAGGCUACCAUCGUGGGGGUCCGCAAGACUGGACAGAUCUGGCCCAGUGAUGGAGACAGCACUUUUCAUGGGGACACAGAUGCCUCAUUUGGAACGCCUCCUGGGUACAGCUGUGCUGCGGACCGGGUGGAAGAACAGCGCCGGCAUCAAGAUGGGCUACCCUACAUUGAUGACUCACCUUCUUCCUCCCCCCAUCUAGGAAGUAAGGGCAGGGGCAGCCGGGAUGCUUUGGCCUCAGGAGCCUUGGACCCCACCAAAGCGAGUGAAUUGGAUUUGGAAAAGGGCUUGGAGAUGAGAAAAUGGGUCCUAUCUGGAAUCCUGGCCAGUGAGGAGACUUACCUGAGCCACCUGGAGGCACUACUACUGCCCAUGAAGCCUCUGAAAGCUGCUGCUACCACCUCCCAGCCUGUGCUGACCAGCCAGCAGAUUGAGACCAUCUUCUUCAAAGUGCCUGAGCUCUAUGAGAUCCAUAAGGAGUUCUAUGACGGACUCUUCCCUCGAGUACAGCAGUGGAGCCACCAGCAGCGAGUGGGCGACCUCUUCCAGAAGCUGGCCAGCCAGCUGGGUGUAUACCGAGCCUUUGUGGACAACUACGGGGUUGCCAUGGAAACAGCUGAGAAGUGUUGCCAGGCCAAUGCUCAGUUUGCAGAAAUCUCUGAGAACCUGAAAGCCAGAAGCAACAAGGAUGCCAAGGACCCAACGACCAAGAACUCUUUGGAAAACCUGCUCUACAAGCCUGUGGACAGGGUGACAAGAAGCACGCUGGUCCUCCACGACUUGCUGAAGCACACUCCCUCCAGCCACCCUGACCAUCCCCUGCUGCAGGAUGCCCUCCGCAUCUCUCAGAACUUCCUAUCCAGCAUCAAUGAGGAGAUCACACCCCGCCGGCAGUCCAUGACAGUGAAGAAGGGAGAGCACCGGCAGCUGCUGAAGGACAGCUUCAUGGUGGAACUGGUGGAGGGAGCCCGCAAGCUGCGUCACGUCUUCCUGUUCACGGACCUGCUCCUCUGCACCAAACUCAAGAAGCAGAGUGGAGGCAAAACCCAACAGUAUGACUGCAAAUGGUACAUUCCACUCACGGAUCUCAGCUUCCAGAUGGUGGACGAGUCAGAGGCAGCACCCAACAUCCCUCUGGUGCCAGAUGAGGAGCUAGAUGCCUUGAAGAUCAAGAUCUCUCAGAUCAAGAGUGACAUCCAGAGAGAGAAGAGGGCAAACAAGGUCAGCAAAGCCAUGGAGAGGCUGAAGAAGAAGUUGUCAGAGCAGGAGUCACUGCUUCUACUGAUGUCUCCCAGCAUGGCCUUCAGGGUCCAUAACCGCAAUGGCAAGAGUUACACAUUCCUGAUCUCCUCCGACUAUGAGCGAGCAGAGUGGAGGGAGAAUAUACGAGAGCAGCAGAAAAAGUGUUUCAAAAGCUUCUCUCUGACAUCUGUGGAGCUGCAGAUGCUUACCAACUCAUGUGUGAAACUUCAGACUGUCCAUAGCAUUCCACUGACCAUCAACAAAGAAGAUGAUGAAUCUCCUGGACUCUACGGCUUCCUGAAUGUCAUCGUCCACUCAGCUACCGGGUUCAAGCAAAGUUCAAAUCUGUACUGCACCCUGGAGGUGGAUUCCUUUGGUUAUUUUGUGAAUAAAGCAAAGACACGUGUCUACAGGGAUACCACAGAGCCAAACUGGAAUGAGGAGUUUGAGAUAGAGCUGGAAGGCUCCCAGACCCUGCGGAUACUAUGCUAUGAAAAGUGCUACAACAAAAUGAAGAUCCCUAAGGAGGAUGGCGAGAGCACAGACAGGCUCAUGGGGAAAGGCCAGGUCCAGCUGGACCCCCAGGCCCUACAGGACAGAGACUGGCAACGGACUGUCAUCGCCAUGAAUGGGAUUGAAGUCAAACUCUCUGUCAAGUUCACAAGCCGUGAGUUCAGCUUGAAGAGAAUGCCUUCCCGCAAACAGACAGGGGUCUUUGGAGUCAAGAUUGCUGUGGUCACCAAGAGAGAAAGGUCCAAGGUGCCCUACAUUGUACGCCAGUGUGUGGAGGAGAUUGAGCGCCGGGGCAUGGAGGAGGUGGGCAUCUACCGUGUGUCUGGAGUGGCCACCGAUAUCCAGGCACUGAAGGCUGCAUUUGACGUCAAUAACAAGGACGUGUCGGUGAUGAUGAGUGAGAUGGAUGUGAAUGCUAUUGCCGGCACACUGAAGCUUUACUUCCGGGAGUUGCCAGAGCCCCUCUUCACUGAUGAGUUCUACCCCAACUUUGCUGAGGGCAUCGCUCUUUCAGACCCUGUUGCAAAGGAGAGCUGCAUGCUCAACCUGCUGCUGUCCCUCCCAGAAGCCAACCUACUGACCUUCCUCUUUCUUCUGGAUCACCUGAAAAGGGUGGCUGAAAAGGAGACCGUGAACAAGAUGUCCCUGCACAACCUUGCCACAGUCUUCGGCCCCACACUGCUGCGGCCCUCAGAGAAGGAGAGCAAGCUCCCUGCCAACCCUAGCCAGCCCAUCACCAUGACCGACAGCUGGUCCCUGGAGGUCAUGGCCCAGGUCCAAGUGUUGCUGUACUUCCUGCAGCUGGAGGCCAUCCCUGCCCCUGACAGCAAGAGACAGAGCAUCCUGUUCUCCACCGAAGUCUAAAGGCCAAGCAGCAUCUCCUUAAGAGGCCAGCCGAACAGCCUGGAAACCUGUGGCAAAACAGGCCAUCUGCAAAGUGGGAACCAAACCGCAGGCCAUUCCAAGAGCAGGUCAUCUGCCAAGAGACAAGUACCCAAAGCAGGCCAAGUGGCCCUGGUAGAUCCCAGCCAAGUGGAUCUGCAAGCCCUGAGCUGGCCUUAGACUGUGGUUUUUCAUGCCACCACCAGAGGGUGCCCCAAGCCAGCAUGUCUUAGUGUGGAGGCCUGGCUGCAGGGAGAGAAGGUGAAGAGAGUGGUUUUUAUGAACUUAAUUUAUCAGAGUUUAAAAGAUUUCUACUGGAUCACUUGUCAAGAUGCACCUCUCUGGAGAGAUGGGAACGCCACCAAAUUCCCUCACUAUUGUGUCUUGAAUAAAAUGCUGCUGCUGCUGCUUCAUACUGUGGGGGGCCACAGCCCUGUCCCUGUGUAGGAGGGGGCAUUCCAAUUUCCCUGACUUAGAAAUUCAAUUGUAUUCGUUAACAGGGUUUGAGAAGCUAAGUCAACACUGUGUAGCAUUGAUUCACAGCUUGCUCCUUUUUUCUUUCUAGGAUUUCUGUACAGAAAUGGGUUGGCUUCCCCUUCUUGUUGCUUUGUUUUCUUCUUUUUUAUGUUCCUCAGAAGACAAUGUAGUCUACAGCAGAGAAGUAUAAAGGGACCAGACACCAGUGGGAAAGACACCCAGGCUGGCUCUCUUCUGGGAGAGUGACCACAUCUACCCAUCCUAACUGCCCGCCUGCUCUUGGCUGUCCUUCUUGGCUUAUGAAGGCCUUGAUUUCUCUUUGCUCACUCUGCCUGCUCCCUCCCUUCCCUCCUCCUUGCUCCAUCACUUCCUUUCCUCGCUCUCAGCUGAACAGACUCAGUUUACUUUUGUACAAGUUUCUUCUCUGUGGUGGCAGCGUGCUGACAGCUUGUUUUAAAACUUUGAUCCGAAAUAGCCUUUUGAUACUUGAAUAUUUUUAAGUUUUAUACAUAGUUUCUAAUUUUUUUCCUAACAGAUUCAGUUACCUAGUAAAAUAGGAGAAUGUACUCUGGACAGUCUGUAUCCCGGCAGCAUUUGUCUUCCCCUUAAGCACCAGCUCUGCUUGUAGUGGGAGUCAGUUCUGACCUCUCUGUAGAAUGAGAAGCUUGAGGGGUUUAGGAAAGCCAGGCACGGGAAAGCAGGGGCGGCUUCCACCACAAAGUUGACAGUGGAUAGUCCUGUUCACCCACCCCCGUUGCCUGCACUCGGGCUGGGACCAGGAUCUCUGUGCCUCCCUGGCCACCCAGCUUAGAGAAGAGAGGAUGCCACCAAAUAUUUUAAAUAUGCACAUCACUCGUAAAAAGAGGGAGUUGGGGAUGGAAGGAAGGAACUGAACUACAGUUCCAGUGCUGGUUCUGCCACUAACCAGAGGACGGAAGCGGGGCAUGAGAACACUAGUACCUGCUGGGACAUUUCCCAUGACCCUUGGUAUCAGGGGACAGACAGCAAUGCAUACCUUCUGCCAAGCCUAUAGCACAUGGCAGAGCCCUUGACAGCCAGGGACAAAAGGUAAAAAACAAGGCCAGGACAAAUCUCCAUUGCACAGUGUACAGAUACUGUCUUUUUUCCUUGUAUAGCACAGGGCCACCCUCUUGGGUGAUGAGAACAGAAACUGCUUGUGCUCCUAUCUGCACCAAUUUCCAUCCGUCUCAGGCCCCUCCAGCCCCUCAAGAGAAACACUUUGCUUAGAAAAGCCAAACGCAUCCCUUAAUGUCUCUUCCCUCUAGUAUCUCUUGAUUUGCAUCUAUCGCCUUGAAACUGGAAAGCAAUAUCUCAGCAUCUGUGCCAAUUCCCAUUUCCUCACCCACCCUCCUCAUUUUGCCUUUUAUUUAUAUGGGACGUGUGCUCUUUCAUAAUGGAAUGACCACUCUGUAGUUGUAAAGUGCUCCUCCACUACCAGGCCACUGUGGUGGUAAUGGUGAUCGCUUUAGAACUGAGGCUGCCUCCAUUUUCCCAUCUUAACGCAUUGCCAGCCUGUGUGUGAGUUGACAAAGCUUCACAGGGCCGGGAAAAUAGUGAUUUUUCUGGAGUCAGCAGGUCUCAGCUCUGGGCAAAGGCCCAGAGCCCUUGUGACCACCCUGAGUCCAGGGCACAGCAAGUGUAGCUUCUAGGCAGCAGCCCGGCCUUCCUUUGGUGGGUAGUUGGUCUCUGAGCAGCUGUGAUCCUGUUUAGAGGUCAGCUGUCUAUAUACCCCCCUGGGAAAAAGUACUGUGGACACUUUCAUUAAAGUUACCUAAGAUGA